AUGGCCACGAGUCCGAACACCGAAAUCCGGGAUAUGGACUUCGGGCCUGGUUUCCCUGCAUCCCUGUUUUUAGACAUUGAUUGGUAUACUUGGUCCCGUGCUCGGUCGCCACCGAGCUCUCUAAUGUCUGUUGGAGGCUCUAACAUAACCCUUCAAGCCGUAUUGGCGUUGUUAGGCCAAGAAAAUACCAUCGUUGAAGUCUCACAAAAGUACUUCGCUACGAUACACAAAUGGCUGCCGAUGAUAUCUAAGAAGAGACUAGAUAUGGUGCUAUCUCUCCAUAACGCAGAUCCUGACCCUGCUAUGCUAUUCUUGUCAAUGAGGCUUGUUACAACGCCGUUUACACAUCAGGUUGACUUGAACCCAUACCGGGAAGCGAAGAAAUUCUCGGCCCCUCUUGAGGAGAAUGGCACCAUAUCUCUCAUUCUCCUCCAGGCUAUCAUGUUUAUUGCGUUGUAUGAGUAUGGACACGCUAUAUGCAGCCGCUUGGAUGACGAGCCGCAAGUUGAAAAUAGAUUGCUUGAUGAUGAUUCUUGGGACCGUGGCGAGGUUGGCAAAGCUUUCGGACAUUCUACCAGUACACCAUAUCAGACGCAACAAUCAGGCUUCGCAAGACUUUGUCAAGUAUCUAUCUCCAUAAGUCAGGCGAUUGGAUUUGAACUUUCAGGGUCUUCUGCCCCUUGCAUUCCAGAGAUCACCUCACUCGUCAACGAUCCGAAUGGCUUUGCGUUAGCUGUGGAUACAGAGAAUACAGAUUGGAGACUAGAAGCGAGCUCUUCGUUUCUUUCAUCCAGAGCACUGGCGCGGUAUGCCCUUUUUAUCGCCCUUUAUAGAUUCACAUGCCCUGAAAAGAUGUCAGUUGAGCCCGGAUACGCCGGCGAACAAGGCACAAAGAGCCAGGAGCUCGACUUCCAACCGCAGUCUUUGCUUACUAUCGAAGUAGCAAGCCGGCAGCUUCACUUCAUGGCUACCAAUAUAUCGCCGCUUAUUCCUGCCACCGAUGGAAACGAGACUCAGUUGCAGGCCUCAACCCUCGUGUACCCUUUCAUCAUGGACGGCAUGUACGCAGGUGCCGCAACUUUACACUGGCUUUGUGGGGAGAGCGGGGGUCGACUCUAUCGAGCUGCCGCGGCCGAUAUGGAAUCUCUUCUGGACACUUUGAAGUCUAGGUGGUGGCUCGGGAGUGCUAACCGCGAGCUCUUGACUGUGUAA